CGCAUCAAACAUGAGCGACGCGUUGAUCCCUGCCGCGGAAGAAAACAUCUACCGACUGUUGCCGCGGGAUAACACUCAGCUUCACAUUGCGAUUGCCAGAAAUGACGAGGCUUCGAUAAAUCGUCUACUGGUCGAGUACCAAACAGAUUUUGCAAAAGUGGAAAAUUAUUUGAGGACCGUAUUCUGCUGGAAUGCAUCCGACACAUUCUGGUUGAAUAAAAACAUUCUGGUUGCGGUCGAUGAGAACCAGUGUCAAGAAGCCGUCAGGCUGGAGAAUCGCAAUUUGCGUGGGGAUGUGUUGCGAGGAACCUUGAUAGUACUUUUGAAAGUGCCAAUCAAUGAUCAGGAGGUGGCUGUAAUCCAUCCGGUUGGUAACAAACUAUUGGAGGGCUUCCAAUUUGUCAAAUCCUUGCUGAAGAAUGGUUUCCUGUCUUGGAACUCGGUUGGUCCAGAGGGGAAGUGUGACUCGUUUGCUGAGAAAGCUGUCUUUUGUGGAAGAACAUGUUUGUUCAGCAAAUUGGCCACCUUAGGAGCGGAUUUGGAUUUACGAGAUCACAACCCACUGCUCGCUGCUUGUAGGGCUCAUCGAAUGGACACCGUUCGUUGGUUACUGACAGAAUAUUUUGGUCGAUUUGAUCCCACAACCCGGGACCGGGAUGGCCAAAACGCACUGAUGAUCGCACUUCAUAGGCAAAAUGAGGAAAUGUUCGAUUUUUUAGUUCAGCGGCUGGUUGCGUACCGGAUGCAGUACAGAAAUGAAUCACAGAGUGAUGCUCUCACGCAGCUAUUUCGGCUAUCAUUUGAUAAUCCAUCGAACAGUGUAUCAAUUUUAUAUUCUGUUGGCAUUGAAUUUUAUAAAGACGUUAUUGAGAAAAACGUUGCUGAGAACGGGAUUGAUCUACACUACCAAAUUGAUGAUAAUUCGAUUCUUUCGGAGUUUUUGUACAAACGAAUUGCAUUCCAAUAUUGUCUAAGCAAAAUUGAGCUAGAUCCAACGAUGCUUGGUUUGAAGUGUUUUGGUGGUAUCAAAAUCAUCCACAUAAUUAUAAAUCUAGAGCAGUUCGACUUACUGGAAAAGAUAUAUGAAAAAUAUCCGCAAAUGAAGAGUCACUAUAACAUGCCGAUUGGAUUCCAAUUACUUCGUGAGGCCUUUGAGGACUUAAAUUUGCAAAAAAUAGCAUUUAUAUGUGAACAUCAUAUGGAAUUUCUUAUGAGCGAUGUCGAUACGCUAAGUAAGAAUGUAUUACUCUACGGUUUUUACUCAGAAAGCAGAUUUCAAAAGCGAUACGACCUAAUGAUCGAAAGGUUUACAAACUUUCGAAAUGAUAUCGAGAUCGUCAGGCAAUCGUGGAUGACACCGAAACCCCAUCAAGCUCUCCAAUCUUUGUACGAAAUGCUGGACAACACCGAUGGUGAAAUAAUACCAGGAAUCCUUGAGGCUGGAACUGAUACAGAAAUACGUGGUGACAAAGGACAAACUAUAUUACAUCUGGCUGUGGCGAAAGAUAAUUUCUGCAUGGUGGAACAUCUUUUGGAUGCUGGAUACGAUCUAGAUGCAUUAGAUGAAGAUGGUAACCACGCAAUUCAUUCCGUUAAAAGUGUUGCGAUGUUGAAUUUACUUUUGAAACUUCAUCCGGAUGGUGUAAAGCUAGUGGAUCGUCAGAACUUAUUGGGUUACACGGUUCUUCAUCGAAUAAGCACUCUCAGUGGAGAGAAUGGACCUUAUUUCAAACUCCUAAAGAGAUUAGUCGAGUGUGGGGUAGAUGUGAACCAACCCACUUUUGAUGGAGAAACCGCAGUAUUUAUGGUUGGUAAUACUAAAAUGGUGAACGCUCUCCUCGAGUAUGGUGCAACCCUAAACAUAUUCAACACCGAUGGACACACAAUUCUAUACAAGAAUCUUCUGUGCAGAAACAGUCAGCAGGGAGCAGAGCUAUUGAAAUUGAUCUACGGAUUGGAAUGUUUUCGAGAUACGGCACAUACUUACUUACCACUGAUGGCAAAUCUCAGCCGUAGUUUGUUCGAUGCCCAUUACAAGCGAAUCCUUGAAAAUCAUCCCGAACUUACAAGAACCUUGUUUGACUCUGUCUAUUUCCAUUCAAAAGAAAGUGCCUCUGAAGUUUUCAACAGAGUUUGCGCAAAUGCGCUGAACUUCUGCGUUGAAAAAUUUUUGGAUUACGAUUACGAUCUAAACUGGAACCUGCAGGAUGAAGGCGGCAACACUCCAAUCAUUUGGCUUUUGAGUUAUCUAGAAGAACGAAACACUCAUCUGGUCGAACGUUUGCUGAAGAAAGGAAUCAACCUCAACAUCCAGGACAACAGAGGACGGACUGCAUUGCUCACUCUGUUGAGUGGAUACACCUUGGCUCGCUGGUACGGGCACGGUUUACAAACGGUACAGCUGUUAAUGGAGUACGGAGUAGACGUGAACUCCAGGGAUAACCAAGGCAACUCUGCAAUGCAUCUAGCAUUUGAAAUGAACAACUUGGACUUGGUAGCAUUAUUGAUUCAAAGCGGAGGAAAAUUAGGAAUUAAGAAUAACAACGGAAAAUAUCCUUGCGAAAUGGGAAAUAGAUUAUACCAAGAGAUAUUUCAUUUCCUGGUGUAAUAGAAAAAAGACAUAGGAGGGUUGUGUCCGAGACACGACCGCAUAGUUGACGUAGGUUGGUUGGUUGUUGGGUAUUGUUUGUUCCCUCCACCAGUGUUUACCGAGUGAUGAUGACAGAAGGAUGGUAAACAGUCUUUGGAUGGUGCGUAUUAGAUAAAAGAUACUGAAGAAGAACGAGAUAUGAUGAAACCGCCCACUGUGAUCCUAGAAGAGAUGCCUCCUGUGAUAUGUAUGGAUAAAAUAAAGAAAAAAAACUCCCCAAUGUUAUAUAAGUUAAUGACCAAUACCGAACACAAUUAUCAUUUUUUCUUAUCAGUAAAAACAUGUUACUUUAAUAUAGAGAAAACAUAUUUGAAAUGGAAAAAGUAGUUCUCUUUUAUAAUUUGUUCAUUCAACCCAAUGCAAAUUUUUAUUGGACUAGCAACACCUAAAGGGUGUGUCACAUCAAAUUGCAUCACGGAAAAAAACGCUGUAGAAAUUCGCCCAGUAGACCGAUCCUUUUGAAAAUUUUAGAGAGUAAAAUAAAAACUAUUAAACAACUUUUGGCAUUUUCUUUUUAUUCAUACUUCGAGCCCAAGCCCGUAUGCUCGCACCUUCCUCUUUACCCCGUCCAUAAGGUUCUGUACAACAUCAGGUUGUAGUUUUUUUUGAACAGAAAUCCAUUUUCUCUUGGAGUCCGCCUCCGAUUUGACAACUUUUGGGUUCUUCCGGAGGGCCUGCUUCAUAAUCGCCCAAUAUUACUCUAUUGGGCGAAGCUCCGGCGCGUUGGGCGGGUUCAUUUCC